CUAUUCAGAUCUCUGCUAUUUUUUUUUCUUCAGUGAGUAUUCCAUAUUUGGUUAUGGAAGAGCGGAAUCGGAGGAUGUGGACGCAAUUUGCAUUGUUAUUAUUGGCCGGUUGCUUCGUCUCUCAACUCUGCGCUUCUUCGGAUGUGAAAUUUUACGAGUCGUUCGAUGAGGCAUUUGAUGGGCGUUGGAUUGUGUCGGAGAAAGAGGAGUUUAAUGGUGUGUGGAAACAUGCCAAGAGUGAGGGACAUGAUGACCAUGGGCUUCUUGUGAGUGAGAAGGCAAAGAAAUAUGCUAUUGUCAAGGAGCUUGACACUGUUGUCAGCCUCAAUGAUGGAACUAUGGUUCUUCAAUAUGAAGUUCGCCUCCAGGAAGGACUUGAAUGUGGUGGUGCUUAUCUUAAAUACCUCCGCCCCCAGGAGGCAGGGUGGAUUCCCAAGGAAUUCAGCAAUGAGUCUCCGUAUACUAUAAUGUUUGGACCAGAUAGAUGUGGAGCCACAGACAAGAUACAUUUCAUCUUGAAGCAUAAGAAUCCUAAGAGCGGGGAGUACAUUGAGCACCACCUUAAGUUUCCACCAUCUGUACCUUCUGACAAACUAACCCAUGUUUACACUGCGGUGUUGAAACCCAACAAUGAGUUGUUAAUCUUAGUUGACGGGGAACAGAAGAAGAAGGCUGACUUACUCUCAGAUUAUGAUAUCGAGCCACCUCUUAUUCCAGCAGAGACCAUUCCAGACCCAGAUGAUAAGAAGCCUGAGGACUGGGAUGAGAGGGAAAAAAUUCCAGAUCCAGAUGCUAAGAAACCAGAUGAUUGGGAUGAGGAUGCACCAAUGGAAAUUGAAGAUGAGGAUGCUGAGAAGCCUGAGGGAUGGUUGGAUGACGAGCCUGAAGAGAUCGAUGAUCCUGAGGCAACAAAGCCUGAAGAUUGGGUUGACGAUGAAGAUGGUGAAUGGGAGGCUCCCAAAAUUGACAAUCCAAAGUGUGAAUUAGUCCCUGGGUGUGGGGAGUGGACAAGACCAAUGAAGAGAAAUCCAGCAUACAAUGGAAAAUGGCAUGCUCCACUGAUUGAGAAUCCCAAUUACAAGGGUGUUUGGAAGCCAAGAGAUAUUCCAAAUCCCAACUACUUCAAACUCGACAGGCCCAAUUUCGAGCCUAUUGCAGCAAUUGGCAUUGAAAUCUGGACAAUGCAAGAUGGUAUAUUAUUUGACAAUAUCAUGAUAACAAGUGAUGAGAAAGUUGCAGAAUCGUACAGGAUGACUGCAUGGAAGCCCAAGUUUGACACAGAGAAAGAGAAACAAAAGGCAGAGGAAGCAGCAAGCACUGGUGGGCUCAAAGGAUUCCAGAAAAUGGUACUUGAUCUCCUCUACAAGGUGGCUGACAUUCCCUUCUUGGGCGAACACAAGUCCAAAGUAUUGGAUCUUCUUGAGAAGGCUGAGAAACAGCCCAAUCUCACAGUUGGUGCUGUCAUUUCAAUCAUAAUUAUCAUUUUCACAGUUUUCUUGAAGCUCAUCUUUGGUGGUACACAGCAGCAACCUGCAAAAGCUACUGGAAAGGCUAAGAAAAGUGAUGGUGCCGAGGCAUCAACUUCAAACAAGGAAGGAGCCACGGAGAAGAAAGAAGACCAGAAUGAGGACGCCGCUGCUCCUCGUAGGAGGACUAGGCGUGAAAAUUAG